UUGUCUCUCUCUCCUCUUCUUGCUGUACAAGUAUCCCCGAUUACCCUUCAUCAUCAUCAUCAUCAUCUCACUCUCUCUCUCUAAUCCAGUGUCAUCUUAUUUUAGAGAGAGAAAGCUUCCGCCUUAGCUAAAUCUUCUCUCUCCUAAUUCAUUUUCUCGAGGAAACUCUCAAUUCUUGAAUGUUAUCGAAUUGAUUGAAAUCACAACAAAAUCAGAAUAAUUUGCUCUGGUUUGUAUAAUGGAAUUGAGCUUUGCAUCAAUUGAUUUUUCUGUAAAUUUUUCGUACUUUUUGAUGAUUGUUGCUGAUUCAUUUCCUGAAUUUCGUCAUUCUUCCUCUUGUUGUUCUUCUUCGAUUCCAGAAUAUUCGCCGAAAUCGCGUGAUUCUUUAACUGGAAAUUGAAAUUUAAUGCGAUUAUAUUUUUCGGAUUGUUGCUGUAAAUCGGAGGAUUAUUUUGUAGUUCAAAAAUAAACAAAUAAAAAACAAGUCGAAAUGAUGGUGAUGAGUGCAUCUUUGCCGUCGUUUACUGCUGCUGCUGCUGCUGCUACUUCAUCUUCAAUGGCUGCGAUUUCAUCAAGGAAUUGUUUCAGUGAUUUCUGGAAUUUUAGGUGCUCUGAUGAUAAGGCCGGCCAUGUUUCGAAUGUAAAUGGGAUGGAGAUAUCAUUCUUGAAAUCACCGAUGGUGGCAGCAACCCGGCACCCAAGGAACAGGAGGGUUAGCACCAAUUAUUCUACUUCCAUAGCAGCUGCUUCGGCUUCUCCACUUUUCAGUGGUCAAGUGACGAGGGAUUCUUUUGGCCCUAAUUUUUAUAAGGAUGUUCUCAAGACUGCAAGGGAGAAGUUUACCGAGGAGAUCUCUUUUCAGUCAAAGGACAAAGAUAUCUCCCUUGCAAAGGCUCUUCUAUAUGUUGCUGCUGAAGAUGAAGCUUUUAUGGCCUUUAACAGAGUGAUGGAUGCUCGCUCUGUUCUGGAUGAGAGGAAGGAUGUUCCGAUAGAAGCAAAUGACCAUCAGGGGGAUUCUGUGGAGCUUAUACCUCUUGCUGGAAAGAGUAUGACAGAGUGGCUAAAUGAGUUAGAUGCUAUUGCUAGAGAAGUUGAGGCCGAGUUAGUUUCAAGAGACAUAGGCUGCCAUUUGGUUGAAGUUAUAGAGGCUGUAAAUAUAGUUCUGUUUGAAUCUAGAUGUUUUAAGAGGGUAUCGAUAGCUGUAGAGCCUAAGUGGUCUUACUUGCAUGGGGUUCUGAGUUCUGGAUAUGGCAGUGCUAUACUGCUUAGCAUUAUAUACAUAGAAGUCUGUCGGAGACUUGGACUGACCAUGCUGGGAUCUCGUGUUGGGGAGGACUUUUUGAUAUGGCCUCAAACAGAAAACCCUGAGGAGCUCUUCAAGGUAACUUCGGGGCAUAGUUUGUUUGCCGUAGUUAAUGGGAGGUGUGUGGAGGAUCCAAGAUCAAUGGCCUCAGACCUAAACAGCAACUCACUUCGAAGUCUUGAUGUUGUUACUAACCGUGAUGUUAUUGGGAUUGCUUUGGCUAAUUUGAUUAGGCUGCAUUGGAAACGUGCUUCAAGAUCAAGCCAUGGAUUGAUGCUGACUUCAGCAUUAAGGCUUGUUCAUGAUGCUGACAAAAAGUUUGAGAAGAUAGAUGGAUCGAAUCACCCAUUGUUGCGUCCUCAAGAUUUGAGGAUGGCUAUUAUGGCUUCAGAAAGGCUAUUAAUUUUACAACCUCAUAACUGGUCUUUAAGGAGAGACCAUGGGCUGAUGUUGUACUAUAAUAGGCAAUAUGGAGAAGCAGUCCAAGAGCUGAGUAUUUGUAUGGCUUUUGCACCAGAAGAAGAGGCAGCACUCUUGGAACCAUUUGUCGAGAAACUACACCUUAUGCGAUUAGAGUCAUCCUGGAAGUCUUUGGGGCAUGCAGGUCAAUUGACUGCCCUUUGAUUUGUGUACAUAAUAUAUAGAUCUGGUAGUCUCCAUGACUCACUCUUUACACUACCGGAGCGUAUAAUGAAAAUCCGGAACUGUCAAGUCUACAGCUCAAGUGUACCGUGUACGAGUUCCCCUAUUCAACCCAAAUGACCAUGUUAGAUGCAUCUGUAUCAAAUAGAAUAUGAUUCAAUUGAAAAGUGCCAAAAUGAUGUGUUAAAUUUGUGUAUAUGAUUAAUGAUUGUCAAUCUAGAUCUUUAUAAUCUAAUCAGACCAAAUGCCCAUGUCA